AUGGCAGAAAAUUUCCAUUUCAUUCCCUCUGUUAUAGACGGUUUCAACCCAGAUCAGCGAGAGGUAAUUCGUUACUGUUUAAAGAAGAAUAUUACUCGUUCAGUGAAGAUACCCGAUAUUGCAAGUUAUACAUUAUACGAGAAUGGUUUGACCUAUACUGAAGAUAAUUAUGAGUCCUUAUUGCAGGCAAUAAUAAGCUUGGCUCAAGGUUUUGUUGGAAGUAAUAACAUCAAUCUUUUAAUGCAUGUUUCCGAGGUUGGCAACCGUUUUGACCCCAAGGUUCCGAACACAAUACAAGGGGAAGCUACAGCAUAUUAUCUUUGGACCCUUCUUUCUCCUAUAGCUAGGAAGUUAUUCAGACCGGAAGACGAUCCUUUAGUCACUUAUCAGAGGGAGGGAGAUCAGCUGGACAAGUCUGACUUUUACGUACCGAUAUUGCCAAUGAUUCUUAUUAACGGCGCAGAGGCAUUUGAAGCGGGUUGGUCUACCUGCAUUCCAAACUUUAGCCCUAAAGAUGUUGUUGCUAACUUGAGACGGCUUUUGAACAAUGAACCUUUGCUGGACAUGUCUCCUUGGUACCAAGGAUUUCAUGGUAGUAUAGAAAAAGUGGCUUCGAAAGAAUACAGUAUGAAUGGUAUAAUCAAACAAAUAAACGAAUCAAAAGUGGAAAUAACAGAACUGCCUGUCCAAAUGUGGAUUCGAGACAUGAAGCAAUUCUUAGAAGAAGGAAAGACAGGAAGUGAUAUAGUCCAGCCAUUCAUCAAAGAAUACGAAGAAUACCAUGAUUUGAGGUUUGACAUGAAUAGUGUACACUUCCAAGUAACCCUGACCGAAAAAGGAAUGAGAGAAGCUUUGGCCGAAUCCUUGGAAUCUAAAUUCAGAUUAGUCCGCAUUCAGACUAUCAGCAAUAUGGUGGCAUUGGAUUCAUCAGGGAGAAUAAAAAAAUACGAUUCCGUUGAAGAAAUUCUAUAUGAAUUUCUUCGAGUUCGUUUAGAGACCUAUCAAAGACGAAAAGGAUAUCUCAUUGCUGAAUUAGAAAGUCGCUAUAACGUAUUAUUCAAUAAGGCGAGAUUUAUUCAAAUGAUUACGGGAAAUGAACUUAUGAUUUGGCAAAAGAAAAGAAGCACGCUUAUAGUCGAACUCCGUGAAAAAGGGUUUCAGUCGAUUUCAAAAUCUGAUUCUAAGAAGAAUCGCGAAGCUAAGAAAGUAGUUAAGCGGGCUCGAGAGGAUGGCAAAGAUCCAAUUGAAUCGCUCGAGGAUUUCUCUAGUGGUUUUGAUUAUCUUUUAUCCAUGCCAACCUGGUCCUUUACUUAUGAGAAAUAUUCAGGGCUCUUGAAGAGAAGGGAUGAUAUUGAGCGAGAGAUUGAGUCUUUGAAAAAUUUGGAUAUUAAAGAGCUAUACUUGAAAGAAUUAGAGGAAUUUGAAUGUGCGUGGAAUAAGAUGGAUGAACUAAAUCACAAAAAUAGUUUGGGUGAUUUUUGCCCUUGUAAAAAGUGUCGACAAAAGGAAUGGAAGAGAUUUAAGAGCGAACAGUUUCGAUGGCCGAGUCGUUGGCAGCGGUGA